AUGUCAGUGGUCCACGUGAUUGAUGUUGAAAGUGGUAAUCUACAAUCAUUAACCAACGCAAUCGAGCAUUUAGGAUACCAAGUCCAACUGGUAAAAUCCCCAAAGGAUUUAGACGUAAAGAAGACGUCAAAAUUGAUUUUACCAGGUGUUGGAAACUAUGGCCAUUUCGUCGACAAUUUAUUCAGUAGAGGAUUUGAGAGGCCAAUAAAAAACUAUAUUGAAUCCGGCAAACCAAUAAUGGGCAUUUGUGUUGGUUUGCAAGCGAUGUUUGCUGGCUCUGUGGAAAGCCCUAAGAGUCCAGGUCUAGAUUACAUUGACUUCAAAUUGUCCAGGUUUGACGAUUCGGAAAAACCUGUUCCAGAAAUAGGUUGGAACUCUUGUGUUCCCUCGGAAGACCUAUUUCUUGGAUUAGAUCCAUAUAAAAGAUACUACUUCGUCCAUUCCUUUGCCGCCAUUUUAGACGCAGAAACUGAAAAGAACUUACGAAGCGAUGGCUGGAAAAUUGCCAAGGCCAAAUACGGUUCACAAGAGUUUAUUGCGGCCAUUAACAAAAAUAACAUCUUUGCCACCCAAUUUCACCCAGAAAAAUCCGGCAAAGCUGGUUUAGAUGUUAUUGAGAAUUUUUUGAAGCAACAGAAUCCUUUUAUUCCAAACUAUAGCCCGGAGGAGAAGAAGCUGCUGGUCAAUGACUAUUCAAACUAUGGUCUAACACGUAGAAUUAUCGCAUGUCUUGAUGUUCGUACUAAUGACCAAGGUGACUUAGUGGUCACUAAAGGUGACCAAUACGAUGUGCGUGAAAAGGGUGAUGGCAAAGAUGUUAGGAACCUUGGUAAGCCUGUCCAACUGGCACAGAAAUAUUAUCAACAAGGUGCAGACGAGGUUACAUUCUUGAACAUAACUUCCUUUAGAGACUGCCCCUUGAAGGACACUCCAAUGCUUGAAGUCUUGAGACAAGCUGCGAAGACGGUGUUUGUACCAUUGACAGUUGGUGGCGGUAUCAAAGAUAUUGUCGAUGUCGAUGGAACUAAAAUUCCUGCCCUAGAGGUUGCAAGUCUAUAUUUCAGAUCCGGCGCUGAUAAAGUGUCGAUUGGUACAGAUGCAGUUUAUGCAGCCGAAAAAUAUUACAACUUGGGAGGUAAAGGGGAUGGAACAUCACCAAUAGAGGCUAUCUCUAAAGCAUAUGGUGCUCAGGCCGUCGUUAUUUCUGUGGAUCCCAAAAGAGUAUAUGUAAAUUCAUCAGCAGAUACGAAGAAUAAAGUCUUCGAGACAAAAUAUUUGGGCCCUAACGGACAGAAGUAUUGUUGGUAUCAAUGUACAAUCAAAGGUGGAAGAGAAUCUAGAGACCUCGGUGUGUGGGAAUUAACAAGGGCGUGUGAAGCUCUAGGUGCAGGUGAAAUUUUACUCAACUGCAUAGACAAGGAUGGUUCUAAUUCUGGUUAUGAUCUAGAAUUGAUAAAACACGUUAAGGAGGCAGUCAGAAUUCCCGUCAUCGCUUCGAGUGGCGCCGGUGUUCCUGCCCAUUUUGAAGAAGCUUUCCUCAAGACCCAUGCAGAUGCUUGUUUAGGUGCAGGUAUGUUCCACAGAAGUGAAUUCACUGUUGAUGAUGUGAAGGAAUAUUUACUUGAGCACGGAUUGAAAGUCAGAAUGGAUAAAGAAUGA